AUGAAUCUCUUCAACUUCUUGGUCGCUGGCUCGGUCUUCUUGGUUUUAUUGCUUCGGACUUGCAUUGUGUCCGCGGAUGUCAUCCUCUAUAAUUGGUGUCCAUUCCCUGUGUAUGCCUGGUCAAUCAUUGGACCGGCUGUUAGUGAGCGUUUCACCGUUUCCAAAUUGUCAGAGCAACGAUUCCCAACAUCAACACAACCAUCGGUAAACAUCAAAAUGACAAUCGACCCGGAUCUUGGAAAAGUUGGAACUGGCCAGUUACAAUUCGAGUACACGGUGGACAAUAAGGCCACGUUCCGGACCUAUUGGGACUUGAGCAUGAUCGAUGGCUACAUCGUCCAGCAACCACCUCCUACAGUAAUCCCAAGUCCAAUCCCGAACAAACCAGGAAACAUAUUCUAUGGGCACCAUGUAACGGUCACACCGAGAGGGAACGUCGAAGCCGGGAACUCACUCUCGAAAUGCAGACAGGUCUCGACUCCUGACAACAAAGGAUUUAAUGACAAGCCUGAUAAUGUGUAUUGGACGCCCUAUGAUGACCAAACCUCCAUGCAUGACUGCCCUGUAGGCUUUGGAGACUUUCUGAUAGACCUCUGUGGAUUUGUGAGACCUUUUCCGGCCUGA